AUGACUUGUGGGUACAUGCGAGAUGUGGCUACAGCCAACACAUGGACCUUUUUCAAACUAUUGUUUCGAUGGAAAGGAAGUGUCUGGAAAUCGAUUCAUAUGGAGCUGAUCGUUUGGUUGUUCGUUUUUGUUAAUAUUCGGAAUGCUUACGAGUUCUUUAUUCUUGGUUCAAGUGCUGCAGAGACGUAUGAACACAUUGUUCAUAGGUGUAGAGAGAUCUCCGGAAAAUGUCGGACUAUGAUGACAUUUGCGAUUGGAUUCUUUGUGACCUAUGUAUCGACUCGUUGGUGGAGCAUCUUUAUGACAAUUCCUUGGCCGGAUACUUGUGCUCUUCAACUGACUGCUUUUCUGAGAGCCCGUGGAAAAAAGUACGAACAAGAAGAUCGACUGUUUCGGCAGAACAUCAUGAGAUAUCUCUGGUUAUCAUAUGUUCUCGUAUUUCGGGACGUUUCUGUGAGAAUUAAGAAACGGUUUCCGUCGGUGAAAUCUAUGACACCGACCUUGUUGACGCAGGAAGAGCUGACCAAGUUAAAAACUUCUAGUAAAGAAAUGCGACCAUGGGUACCGAUUGAAUGGAUCCUUGACUACCUUCGUUCCGCUAAAAAGAAGUGUCUUCUGGAUGAACUUCAUUAUAUUGAACUGAACCAAACUGUGCUAGCCUAUCGUCAACAACUUCACGAAAUUCUAUCGCAUGAUUGUAUUACUGUACCGCUGGUCUAUGUACAAUCAGUCCAUAUUUGUACUAUUUGUUAUUUUGUGAUCACUUGCUUCUCUGCACAAACCAUUCACUCGGAUCAUAAAUCAUGGGAAGGAGUCAUUGAUUUCUAUCUUCCAGUUUAUGCAGUCAUUGAAUUUAUUGUGUUUGUUGGAUGGUUAAAAACAGCUUUUGUGAUGCUAAAUCCCUUUGGAAUGGAUGACGACGACUUUGAAAUGAAUGCACUAAUUGAAAGAAAUAUGAUGGUUUCGUUGAGUUAUAUCAAUGAUUUCUAUGAUAAACCACCGAAGUUGGUUGACAUGAAAGUUCGUCUUCCUACUAAUUUGCAAGAAGUGGUUCGUGAGAACGCUAAUCCAAUGCAUGGGUCGGCUGUUCCUGUGAAAAUGUCGCGAGUUCAUGAAGCGAUGGCUGACGAUCCACAAUUUGCCAAUCUCUUGAAUUCAGUUCUUCCGAGUGCUCGAGAUUCGACGACAGCAUUUCAGACGCAUCGACCUAUCAACGAAUUCCCGAAUAUUGCAAAAAGUGCAGCAAUGGGAAUUAUCUCUACGGAUGAUGAAAAAUCCGAUAGAGGAGCAUACCGUAAUCCGGAGAACUCUUCAAAAGAUGAUGGUGGCGCUGCUGGAGAAUUGAGAUCAAAAUUCCUGAAACAGGAAGAUUUUGAAGCGGCUGUCAAGAAAGUUCUGGAUAAGAAAUUGGCGGAGGAAAGAGAAGAAAAAGAGGAGAAAGAAGAAAAGAAGGAAGAGAAAAAGGAAGAAAAGCUAAAAUCAUUGUCUCCAGAACCAACACAAAGGAGCUGGUAUCAAGAGGAGCCAACUCAAAAGACGUGGGUGGGACCAGAUGAAGGACCAAGUGUAUUGCAGAAAAAGAUCAGUAAAAUUCGUCCUCGUCCAAGCAAAGCCGACGUUCGUCUCUCUACAACAACCCAAAAUGCGUCAACUCGAAAGCCGUUGUCCACAUACAAAAAGGCAUCUGGAGCCGCCACUCCAUCCACGUUAACGUCCCCACAAGCUCCCAAGACAAGCGCAGAAGCAGAAUUGAAAUUGGACAAUACGCAAUCUGGAGAAAAAUGA